UGGCGGCGGCGGCGGCAUGGCGGAGCCGAGCGGGGCCGAGGCCAGGCCCCCCAUUCGGGUCACCGUCAAGACCCCCAAGGACAAGGAGGAAAUUGUGAUCUGCGACCGAGCCUCCGUCAAGGAGUUCAAAGAGGAGAUCUCCAGGAGGUUUAAGGCUCAGCAGGAUCAGCUGGUCCUGAUCUUCGCAGGCAAGAUCCUCAAGGACGGGGACACCCUGAGCCAGCACGGCAUCAAGGACGGGCUCACUGUCCACCUGGUCAUCAAGACCCCACAGAAGGCUCAAGACCCAGCUGCUGGCGCUGGGUCCUCCCCCUCUACUCCGGACCCUGCCUCAGCGCCAUCUACCACGCCCGCCUCACCCGCCACCCCCGCCCAGCCGUCCACCUCUGGCAGUGCAGCUUCAGACGCCAGCAGCCGGAGGAGCAGUGGGGGGGGGCCCUCCCCGGGGGCUGGGGAGGGACCCCCCAGUGCUGCUGCGUCCAUACUCUCUGGCUUCGGGGGCCUCCUGGGCCUGGGCAGCCUGGGCCUGGGCUCUGCCAACUUCAUGGAGCUGCAGCAGCAGAUGCAGAGGCAGCUGAUGUCCAACCCCGAGAUGCUGUCGCAGAUCAUGGAGAACCCGCUGGUCCAGGACAUGAUGUCCAACCCUGACCUCAUGCGCCACAUGAUCAUGGCGAACCCGCAGAUGCAGCAGCUCAUGGAGCGGAACCCCGAGAUCAGCCACAUGCUCAACAACCCCGAGCUCAUGAGGCAGACCAUGGAGCUUGCUCGGAACCCAGCCAUGAUGCAGGAAAUGAUGCGGAACCAGGACCGGGCCCUGAGCAACCUGGAGAGCAUCCCCGGGGGGUAUAACGCCCUCCGCCGCAUGUACACAGACAUCCAAGAGCCGAUGUUCAGUGCUGCCCGGGAACAGUUUGGCAACAACCCCUUCUCUUCGCUGGCCGGGAACUCUGACAGCUCGUGCUCCCAGCCUUUGCGGACUGAGAACCGAGAACCCCUCCCGAACCCCUGGAGCCCCUCACCCCCCACCUCCCAGGCCCCCGGGUCCGGUGGGGAGGGCACCGGAGGAUCCGGGACCAGCCAGGUGCACCCGACAGUCUCGAACCCCUUUGGGAUCAAUGCGGCUAGCCUGGGGUCAGGGGUGUUCAACAGCCCAGAGAUGCAGGCCCUCCUCCAGCAGAUCUCUGAGAACCCCCAGCUGAUGCAGAACGUCCUCUCGGCCCCCUACAUGCGCGGCAUGAUGCAGACGCUGGCCCAGAACCCCGACUUCGCUGCUCAGAUGAUGGUGAAUGUGCCGCUCUUUGCGGGGAACCCCCAGCUCCAGGAGCAGCUCCGCCUGCAGCUCCCCGUCUUCCUCCAGCAGAUGCAGAACCCGGAGUCCCUGUCUGUCCUCACCAACCCCCGCGCCAUGCAGGCCCUGCUGCAGAUCCAGCAGGGCCUGCAGACCUUGCAGACCGAGGCCCCUGGGCUGGUUCCCAGCCUUGGCUCCUUCGGGAUGUCCCGGACCCCAGCACCCCCAGCAGGCAGCAACACUGGGUCUGCACCCGAGGCCCCCACCUCUUCGCCUGCGCCCCCUGCCGCAUCUUCUCCAACGGGGGCCCCCAGCGCUCAGCAGCAUCUCGUGCAACAGAUGGUCCAGCUGCUGGCUGGGGGAGGGGGCUCACAGGUGCAGACACCGGAAGUGCGGUUCCAGCAGCAGCUCGAGCAGCUCAACUCCAUGGGCUUCAUCGACCGUGAGGCCAACCUACAGGCCCUCAUUGCCACGGGAGGGGACGUCAAUGCAGCCAUCGAGAGACUCCUGGGCUCGCAGCUCUCCUAACCGCGCGCCUGCGUCUCCUGCCUCUCCCCUUCCCGGGCGCCAGCCCCUGCCCUCUGUGCCUGCCGUCCCCGUCGCUCCCCGUCCUCUCCAGAAAGGAGGUUGGCCUCAGGGCCGCGGGCCUGGCCCCGGAGCUCUGACGAUUCUGGUUUCACUUGCACAUCUCCCUCGGAGUCUUCUGUCCAGGUCCUGCAGGGCUGUGCGGGCUGGUUUCACAGUGUCAUGGCCCAGUCCCCGCUCCCGGCCCCGCUGCAGGGCCCCUCGUGCGGCCUGCAGAUGCCCCAGGGGUGGGGCAGGGAUGGGAUCUUCCACAUGGCCCACAAGAGCUUGUACGGAUGCUCCGGAGACUCCCCCUGCCUCUGCCCCCUCCUCCCACCGGCAGCCUGACCCGAGCCAGGGUCGCACGCUCGGAGGGAGGAGCAGGUGCACAGGCUCUUGGCCUCCUCACCCCCGCUCCUGGUCCCCUCAUCCAGGCUUUGUUGGGAUGUCCCAAGAGAGGAAGCAGCCUGUCCUCCCUGCCCGAAGGGGGAGGCGACCGCCCUCUCUGUACAAGGAGCUAAUGAGCCCCGAACGAGCCCCGUGGAGAUCCGCCGGAGGAAGGGAAGUGGGGAACGACUGAAUCAACGGCUCAGAAGUUGGACUUGACACUUGGGGACAGAAGCCCUGCAGCUGCUUUAGGUGGGAGAGUGCGGGCUCAGGCCGGGCAGAGAAGGCCUCGAGAUGCUAACAGAGCUGGAGCUGGAGGAAGGGGUUCCUCCCGGCUCUGGGGCCAGGACCCACCAGUGUCCCUGCAUACCGCUGGUUGGAACCCCCCUCGAAAGACGUGAAAGGGUUGGGGUCUGUCCUGGCAGUGGGUGUGUGUGCGCGUGUGUAAGCGAGUUGCACAGGGGGUGUUUUUUCCGUUCCACGCUCUCUCCCACCAGAGAGAAGGGGGCAAAGGGCCAGCCUCGGGCGGGAGCACAAACAGUCCAGAGAGCUGGGCCCCUCGGGCCCCUGGCGCUGCAUCCCCAAGGGUAGUGUGGCCGCCCCUCCCCCUUGUGGGAGGGGGUCGGUACAGGAGGCUCCCCCAUGCCCCCAUGUCCUUGGCCUUUGGAAUCUUCACUGUUUGCUUCCAGGCCAGAAAGUUCUAUUUGAGGAAGGAAGGGACAGGGCGGCAGUCAUGCCUCUGAUCUGGAAUAGGAUGUGGCUCUCGGAGCACGGGGAAGGCUCGUGCGCAGCUUAGCGCGUGGAAGCAGGGUCUCCUCCAGGUGGGAAAGGGACCAGCAGUCCAGAGAGGAUGGCUGUGUGGCUUCCCCCUCCCUCCCCAACGUCCACACUGGCCUUUGUAAAUAAAUGACGUGGUCUUUGAUGUCA